AUGCUCCAGGAUUGGGCUCCUUCGCCAUGGAAUAGCUCAUUAGCAGCGAAAACCUCAUCUUUGGAUCUCUUUAAUUUUUUCUCUUACCAGGGAGAAGGAGAGGGAGAGGGAGAGGGCGAGGGAUUGUCUUUGUCCAUUCCAAGUUGGGAAACGAAGCUUUUGUCUUGUUCUGGUGAACAUCUUCCAAUGGACAAAGCUUUAAAACCGCCUGUGUUUCAUCCAACAGCUUUGAGACCUUGUCAAGUUUCGUUCCCGUUCUUCAGCUUCACAACCGCUACCCCAUACCUUAAUCUCAACAAAACCAGAAAUGUUGGACUCACAAUCUUGAGCUGCUCUAAUUCUUCGAUUAUUUCUUCCACGAGUAAUGGUAGUAGUAUUAAUAAUAAUAUGGCGGGCCUUCCGGUGAAAAAGAAGAGGAAGCGGUACAGAAAACAGUAUCCAGGAGAGAGCGAGGGCAUUACUGAAGAGAUGAGAUUUGUUGCCAUGAGACUCCGUAAUACUAACGGUAAAAAGGUCACUUCCAAUUCUGAUACUGACACUGACACUGAAAGUGAAAAUAACCAACGAGAAGAAGAAGAAGAAGAAGAAGGACGAGGAGAUAAAGCUGAAGCAGAAAAGAACAAUGAAGGUGUUGGUGAUGGAGAAGCAGAGACUUGGAAACCCAGUAUGGAAGGGUUCCUUAAGUACUUGGUUGACAGCAAGCUCGUCUUCAACACUAUCGAGCGCAUCGUUGAUGAAUCCGAUGAUGUUGCUUAUGCCUACUUCAGAAAAACUGGAUUGGAACGAUCACCAGGUCUUUCUAAAGAUCUAGAAUGGUUUAGCCAACAAGAUUUUGUGAUUCCAGAACCUAGCAAUCCAGGAGUUACUUAUGUCGCGUAUUUGAAGGAAUUAGCAGAGAAAAGUGCCCCGCAUUUCUUGUCUCAUUUCUACAAUAUAUAUUUUUCACACAUAGCUGGUGGUCAAGUGAUUGCAAGACAGGUUUCUGAAAUGCUGCUGGAAGGAAGGGAGCUGGAGUUCUAUAAAUGGGAGGGCGAUGUACAAGAAUCAUUGAAAGGUGUACGUGACAAGCUCAACGUGCUUGGAGAGCACUGGUCUCGAGAGGGUAGAAACAAAUGCUUAAAAGAAGCAGCAAAAUCAUUCAAGUUUUUGGGGCAGAUAAUUCGCUUGAUCAUCUUAUAAACCUGAUUGGUAACACAGUCCAAUUGUAGACUUAACUCAGCACCAGUCUUUGUCAUCUAUUCACCGAGCUGUCGGGACAACAAGCAAAUGAGUAACUGGAGCUGUGUCAUGCAUUCAGGAACAUCGGUGUCCUCUAGUGAUGACAUUUUUUACUUGGAACACUCUGCCAAGGAAGCAGCUUUUAUUAUUAAGCCAUGUCUACGGUAGUGACUGGUGCCUCUGACUGGAUGAUGUUUCAAAGUGAAUGGCAAGGUCUAUAGUGCUGAUACUCCUUGGGGUUUGGCUUUGUUGCAACACACAAGAAGCCAAGAAUGCUGAGUACUCAGGAUUUGCUUAACAAUGCACCAAUGUUAUGUACUAUUUGAAAUUUGAGAAGAGAUAGCAAAGUGGGAAUAGAAACUUGAUAUAGGAGGAAUAUAUUCAUUAUAUCUACUCUACCGUUCAAGCACAGUUAUCAGACUGUAGUGGGAGUAUUGCCAAGAAAAGUGGAGGAAAAAAGUAGUAAAUCUAAGAGCAACCAGGCUAGUGAGAAUCAAAGAACUUGCCAUUUCUGUCUCCCUAUCUUCUUUUAUUUGAUCAACAAAAAUGGAAAAAAAAAAUCUGUUGUACCUUAUGUCAUAUCAAAGAAUAUGUCUUUGAUCAUUAAUAAAGUGCAUAUUUCUCUUUA